AUGGAGACGGUGGGGCCGAGGGGUAUCUGCCAGGAGCUGGCGGCGGAGGCGUUUGGGGUGUUCCUCAUCAUCGCAUUCGGCGCCGGCGUCGUCGCGACGGGGGAUGUGAAGGGUGCUUCCGUCGACGAAGGUGCGUGGGCGCAAGGUGCAUACAUGAACCAGAUUUGGGGUAUGGGUGUCGCUCUUGCAGUGCUGGCGACCUUCGACAUCACGGGUGCGCAGCUGAACCCGGCGGUCACGCUCUUCGCGGCUGUUUUUGGCGGCUUCCCCAUCUGCAAGGUCCUGCCGUACAUCAUUGCGCAAACGAUCGGAGGCUUCCUCGGCGCGAUCGUGGUGAUGGCCAACUUUGUGCUGCCUUACCUCGGCACCGACGACGAAUCGAAGUACCUGACCAACUACUACUGCACCUCCUCGUCGCUCCCCACGCUCAACGCGCUCGCGACAGAGGUCACCGCCACCGCCCUCCUCCUCAUUGUCAUCUGCAGUUGCACGACUGGCAGCACGCCUGCCUACAAGCCCAUGGUUGCCGCGUGGGUCGGCACCGGGGUCUACUCGAUCGGCAACUCGUUCGGCGUGCUCACGGGGUACGCGAUGAAUCCGGCGCGCGAUCUGGGGCCGCGCAUCGCCUACUGGGGCCUCCUGACGUUCACUGGCGAUGAGGACGCGUUGGCUACGGCGGGCUUCACGGGCACGUCCUACUUCUGGAUUCCGAUCGCUGGCCCCCUCAUUGGUGGGCUCGUCGGUGGCGCCCUCUUCAAAAUCUUUCUGCAGCCGGUGACCAAGGCGGCCAAGUAA